AUGACUCAACUAUCGGGAAGUGCAGACAUAAACUCCAAGUACAUGGACAAACACGAAAUCGUGUGCGACAUGGGGGAAGGGUUUGGUAAAUGGAAGAUGGGGCCGGACGAGGAGAUAAUGCCAUUGAUCGACGUGGCAAACGUUGCCUGUGGGUUCCACGCGGGCGAUUUCAAUAUCAUGCGCAAAAUGGUGCAGUUGGCCAAGCUGCACGGUGUCAAAGUCGGUUCGCACCCUGGUCUGCCCGAUAAGAUGGGGUUUGGCAGGAGAAAGUGGGACAUCCCUGCGGACGAGGUAUAUAACAUGGUGCUGUACCAAACAGGCGCAUUGAAGGCGUUUUUGGACGCGGAAGGAAUGCGUCUGAACCAUAUCAAGCCACAUGGCGAGUUGUAUUUUUACGUAGAGAGGGACGAGAGCAUUAUGCGGGCGGUACUGCAAGCGGCGAAGGUGUUUGGGGUGCCCGUAGUGGGCGCGAAAAACAAGCGGUUCGAACAGGUGGCUCAUGAGGAGGGGGUAGACCUGAUCCAAGAGUUUUACGCGGACGUGGACUGGAACGGCGAGGGCCGUCUGGUCCCCGUGGCGGAAUCGCGCGCCAAAACCCCGAGCAUCAUCCACGACGCGGUUUUGCAGGCAGGCACGACGGACGCAACAACCACGUUCGACAACAAGCCGCUAGCCCUGAACUUUGGCGCCAACCCAAUCUUGCUGUGCUUGCACUCGGACAUGCCCACGGCCCUAGGGAACAUCACGGCGGCGCGCAGUGCAAUCGACGAGCUGAACGCGCGCGCAGCGCACUAG